GAAGCACGUUACAGGAGCUGAAAUACCGAAUUCGAAACUAUACUGAAAUAAAACCAGGAAAUUAUCAUUUACCCUAGACAUGGCGCUAUCUUAUGUCAUAGAACCUUCUUUACCAGGUUUUAAUUUCGAAAAUUCGGGAAGGAAUGUUGCUCUCGACGGCAUACUCAAUGAGGGAAAUGCAAAGGCCCCUACGCCUCUAAAGACAGGGACCACCAUAGCUGGUGUCGUCUGUAAGGAUGGUGUGGUGUUGGGCGCAGACACUCGAGCGACCUCCAGUGAAGUUGUGGCUGACAAGAUGUGUGCCAAGAUCCACUACAUUGCGCCUAACAUCUAUUGCUGUGGAGCUGGGACGGCUGCAGACACAGAGAAGACGACAGAUCUCCUCUCCUCCAACCUCGCCAUCUUCUCCCUGAACAGCGGCAGAAACCCGCGUGUUGUGAUGGCCAUGCAGAUUCUCCAGGACCUGCUCUUUAGGUACCGGGGCCAGAUCGGAGCACAUCUCAUCCUUGGGGGAGUCGACUGUGCAGGCAGCCAUCUCUAUACUGUUGGGCCAUAUGGAGACAUGGACAAAGUGCCAUACCUGGCAAUGGGGUCUGGUGAUCUUCCUGCAAUGGGGAUACUGGAGGAUGGUUUCAGAGCUAAUAUGGAGCUGGAGGCAGCAAAGGCACUAGUCCGUGAUGCCAUCCAUGCAGGAAUCAUGAGCGACCUGGGCUCAGGAAAUAACAUAGACAUAUGUGUCAUAACCAGACAAGGAGUGGAUUACAUCAGGUCCUAUGAAGAGUCUGCCUACAAAGACAAAAGGCAGAGGAGGUAUAAGUACAAGGCAGGGACCACUGCAGUGCUGGGGGAGAGGGUCGUCCCACUGGAGCUGGUCCAGGAGACAGUGCAGAAAAUGGACAUCGCCUGAGUGGAACUUCAUCAUUUUUUACAUCUGCCAGUUUUGUAAUUAUGAUGUAGAGAAAUGUGGGGCUUGAAUGAUUCUUCAAAGAGUCAUUUUUAAUAAACAAUUACAAAUAUACACACAAA